GCCUUGACAAAUGACAGGUGGAAAGAUACGUUUCUCCUUUAAAACGAACUAGCACGUGCCACGUAUUUUAUAAGAUUCCAUCACACGUGCGAAUGUCUUAUAAAAAUUCGAAUAAACCUCGCGUAAUAUAUGAGAGAGGGGAAUAAAACCAGUCGAAAAAAUUAAAAAAAUAAAGGAGCUGUUUUCCUCUUGCCAUCACUCUCCGGCUGAUACUCCGACGAGAGGUGCUAGAUUGAAUCGUGUUGAAAUGCCGUACCUGGUACGGGAGAAUCUAUUCAUCGGCAACAUCGGAGAUGCUGCGGAGAUUCUUCAAAACGGAAGCAGUGAAAUCACUCAUAUACUAUCAGUUCUCAGUUCAGCAUCCAUUUCCUUCUUCUCGGAGUGGCGUAGUGGACUCACUAUUCCAACCAAAGAAAUCCGGAAGGUCUACGUAGGUGGCUCAGGAUCGGAGGAUGGUUCGGAAAACGGGUCGAAGAGUUCACUGUCACCAGAUAAGCUCUUAUACUCACUGGAAAAUGCAGGUAAGGAUUUGAAGUUUGUGAGGAUGGCUGUGCCUUUGCGAGAUAUGGAGAGUGAAAAUUUGCUCGACUAUUUGGAUGCGUGUUUGGAUUUUAUCGAGGAUAGUAGGAAAGAGGGGUCUGUUUUGGUUCACUGCUUUGCCGGUGUAUCGAGGAGUGCGGCAAUUAUUUCAGCAUACCUGAUGAAAAGUGAACGACUAUCACAAGAAGAUGCUAUUGAAUCUUUGAGACAGAGCUGUGAAUCUGUGUGCCCAAAUGAUGGUUUCUUGGAGCAGUUGAAAAUGUUCGAGCUAAUGGGUUUUAAAGUUGACCGUGCAAGCCCUAUAUACAAACGCUUCCGAUUAAAAGUAUUAGGUGAUUCCUAUAAUCGUGGGGAGAAAAUAGACGGUUCUAAAUUCGGCCCCGAUCCAGGCUUGCCAGCUGAAAUAGCUUCAUCAUCAUUACCUGAUAAAGAAGCAUCUUCGAAAACUAGUGCAUACAGAUGCAAGAAAUGCCGUAGACUCGUUGCGUUGCAGGAUAAUGUUUUGGAUCAUGUUCCAGGAGAAGGAGAGACUUGCUUCGAGUGGCGUAAAAGGAGGAGUGGAAAUCCUUUUGGUAAAUCUGAUGACAACGAGUGUUCGUCUAUCUUUAUCGAGCCUCUUCGUUGGAUGAAAGAAGUCGAGGAAGGUGCUCUGGAGGGUAAGCUGAUAUGUGCACACUGUGAAGCUCGUUUAGGUUACUUCAACUGGUCCGGCAUUCAAUGCAGUUGUGGGAGUUGGAUUACUCCGGCUUUCCAGCUUCAUAAAAGCCGAGUCGACAUCUCUACUAUUUAAACACUUUUAUGGCUUUUUUUUUCAUAAUUCUCAAACUACAAUCCAACAUACUGAGACCACUUUUUCUUGAGGGUAUUCAAUUGUUACAACAAGGGUUUUUUUGGGGAUGUUUAAAUUAAAACUUUUUCAGCUAUUUUGUGCAACUUCACUGACUAUUGGUAAAACAAAAAAAGAACUCCAUUUUGUGCUCUUUGUUGGAAUAUAAAGUGGCAUUUGUUCUUGGUU